CACUCCCAGUCAUGGAGAACAUUGAUUAUGAGUACGCAAACUACUGGGAAACCAAUAUGUUCCUUCAAACUGAGGAAUUCGACGGUUUCUUCGACGAAGCCCUAUCUGCAUAUUAUGACUCGAGCUCGCCAGACGGGGCGAACUCGGCGUCGUUGGCGUCGAAGAACAUAGUCUCGGAGAGGAAUAGGAGGAAGAAGCUCAACCAGAGGUUGUAUGCACUAAGAUCAGUUGUUCCCAACAUUACAAAGAUGGACAAGGCAUCAAUUAUCAGAGAUGCAAUUGAGUACAUCAAAUCACUCCAGAAUGAGGAGAGGAGAAUUCAUGAUGAGAUUUCAGAAUUGGAAUCAGGGAUGUCACUGUCACCAAACAGUGGGAAAUUGGAGAUUGAUGAAGAGGGUCAUACAGUGUUUUUGUCUAAGCCUAAGAGAACAAGAAUGGACCAUUCUUGUGAUUCUGCUGCCUCAACAUUGUUCAUCAUGCCUUCUCCUGUUGAAGUUCUUGAGUUAAGAGUAUCGAAGAUGGGAGAGAAGACAUUAGUGGUGAGCUUGGAAUGCAGUAAAAGAAGAGACACAAUGAUAAAGUUGUGUGAAGCCUUUGAAUCUUUGAAGCUCAAAAUCAUUACUUGCAGCAUCAAUGCUUUGCCCGGAAGGCUUUUGAAGACUGUAUUCCUUGAGGGAGAUGAGGAGGAGCAGGAUACCUUGAGAGUAAAGAUAGAAGCUGCUAUAGCUGCACUGAAUGAUCCAGACAGUCCUAUGAGCUACUGACUAAAUUAGAUUUCACAUUUUCCAUUUUUUUUAGGUUUAUAAUAAUGGGUUCUGUAUUUUUUAUUAGUAAUUUUCUCUUUUUAUUGUUAUCGUGGUUAGUCUGUAGUUUUACCUAUUUUCUGAAUAAAUCCGUAAAUAAAUAUCAUGUUUAAUUCCUUUU